AUGGCAUCAUCAACAACCACAUUUAAGUUUCUUUUUGUCUUUGUAGUCUUAGUUGCCAUGACCUCAGCUCAAGACCUUGGGCCCUCGCCGGCUUCGACUCCGGCUCCAAGUCCUGAUGCCGGAGCUGCAGGAUAUGUUACAAGUUCUAUGGCUAUGAUCGGAGUGUCAGUUGUGUUGUCAAUGUUUGCUAUUUUGAAGCAUUAA